GUCAACCUAACGGGGCUAACAAGUAGCUUCCGAGCCUUGUCAACAUUCGCUGCAGCAAAAUAACAGUUCCGCUGCUUAUUUGUUUAAGAGCAUCUGUUUAUGCAAACGUGGAGUUCUGGAGCGUAGGACUGGAGUAACUCUUGAAAGGCUUUUAAAAGGUGUCCACUACUUUUGGCUAUAUCCUACUAUCUCUGGCUUCCACCCUGUGCCUCCUUGGUUGGUAGACUGGCCCCACCAGAGCAACGGCCCAAACUGUAGCUCCAGGUCACCACCGCCUCUGUGUAUGACUGUGCGCUGACUCCUGGAGGAUCUCAGCUUGGCUAGCAGAAGAUGUCCUCCAUCUUGCCAUUCACACCUCCUGUGGUGAAGAGGCUACUUGGUUGGAAGAAGUCGACCAGUGGUCCAGGUGGUGCGGGCGGCGCAGAACCAAACGGACAGGAAGAGAAGUGGUGCGAGAAGGCGGUAAAGAGCUUAGUAAAGAAGCUGAAGAAGACUGGGCAGCUAGAUGAGCUAGAGAAAGCCAUCACCACACAAAACUGCAACACAAAGUGUGUCACCAUCCCCAGCAAUUGCUCUGAAAUAUGGGGACUGAGUACACCAAAUACGAUAGAACAGUGGGAUACAUCAGGCCUAUUCAGCUACCCUGACCAAACCAGAUCCCUGGAUGGACGCCUGCAGGUCUCCCACAGAAAGGGGCUUCCUCAUGUUAUCUAUUGCCGCUUGUGGCGAUGGCCGGACCUUCACAGCCACCAUGAACUGCGUGCUAUUGAAACCUGCGAGUAUGCCUUCCACCUCAAGAAGGAUGAAGUCUGCAUCAACCCCUACCACUACCAGAGGGUGGAGACUCCAGUGCUGCCUCCUGUACUUGUGCCAAGACACUCAGAAAUCCUGACAGAACUCCCCCCUCUGGAUGACUACACUCACUCCAUACCUGAGAACACAAACUUUCCUGCAGGAAUAGAACCUCCAAACAACUAUAUACCAGAAACUCCACCACCAGGCUACAUCAGCGAGGAUGGGGAGGCCAGCGAUCAACAGAUGAAUCAAAGCAUGGACACAGGUUCUCCAGCAGAACUCUCUCCUAGUACUCUGUCGCCUGUUAAUCACAGCAUGGAUCUGCAGCCGGUGACCUACUCUGAGCCCGCCUUCUGGUGUUCUAUAGCAUAUUACGAGCUGAACCAGCGUGUCGGCGAGACGUUUCACGCCUCCCAACCUUCGCUGACUGUGGAUGGAUUCACAGAUCCUUCAAACUCUGAGCGUUUCUGCCUGGGCCUGCUAUCUAAUGUCAACAGAAAUGCCACUGUGGAGAUGACCCGGAGGCACAUAGGAAGAGGAGUUAGACUGUACUACAUUGGAGGGGAGGUAUUUGCAGAGUGCCUGAGUGAUAGCGCCAUCUUUGUCCAGAGUCCAAAUUGCAACCAGCGAUACGGUUGGCAUCCGGCAACAGUGUGCAAAAUUCCUCCAGGUUGUAAUCUAAAAAUCUUCAACAACCAGGAGUUUGCAGCGCUGCUUGCCCAAUCAGUCAACCAGGGCUUUGAAGCAGUCUACCAACUGACCAGGAUGUGCACUAUCCGUAUGAGCUUUGUCAAAGGCUGGGGAGCAGAGUACCGGCGGCAGACUGUGACGAGCACUCCCUGCUGGAUCGAGCUCCAUUUGAAUGGUCCCCUGCAGUGGCUGGACAAGGUUUUGACCCAGAUGGGUUCUCCGUCUGCACGUUGCUCCAGUAUGUCCUAAAUGACUGAGAAAGCACCAAAAAAAAGACAAGUGCAGCCCAUCACAAAGAAAGUUAAAUUCUAAAGUUAAGCCCUUUUGAUGGCAGUGGGGGAGAAAAGGAAAAAAAAAAAAAAAAAAAAAAAAUCCCUCCAGAGUAAAAAAAAACAAACAUUUUAUAAUAUUUGUGGCCCAGGUCAACAUCCCUCUUCAUGUGCACUCGCGUGUGUGCACACAGAAUCUGGCACUUUGUUCACCCAUCUUCUCAUGCACCUUGUUCUAUUGCUUUUUCCC